CUUCUUUUAAUCCCAUCCCUCCCACCACACCAACUCGCACCAUUAUCACUUUCCUCAUUUGCUUCUUCCUUUUCGCCGUCGGUGCAAUAUGUCAAUAAAUUUAGCGGUUUGUGUCGCCGUCGGUGUGUUGCUCAUUGCCAUUGCAACGGCCGAAGAUCCCUAUCGAUUCUUUGACUGGAAUGUCACCUAUGGUGAUAUCUAUCCGCUUGGUGUUCGUCAACAGGGAAUUUUGAUUAAUGGACAGUUUCCUGGGCCUACUAUUCACUCUGUUACAAAUGAUAAUCUCAUCAUCAACGUCAUCAACAGCUUAGAUGAACCUUUUCUUAUCUCCUGGAACGGUAUCCAACAAAGAAGAAAUUCGUUCGAAGACGGGGUGUAUGGAACAACAUGCCCAAUCCCACCAGGCAAAAACUUCACAUACAUCAUGCAGGUUAAAGAUCAAAUAGGAAGCUUUUACUACUUCCCUUCUCUAGGGUUCCACAAAGCCGCUGGCGGCUUUGGAGCUAUCAGGAUUCUUAGUCGUCCAAGAAUCCCUGUGCCAUUCGAUGAACCCGCCGAUGAUUUUACUGUUCUAAUCGGAGAUUGGUACAAGUCUAACCAUACGGACUUGAAAGCGAUUCUAGACCGAGGACAUAAGCUUCCAAACCCUGAUGGAAUCCUUAUCAAUGGACACGGCCCGAAUGGUUCUACCUUCACGGUCGAACAAGGAAAGACAUACCGAUUAAGGAUAUCAAACGUGGGACUACAAAACUCGCUCAAUUUCCGCAUUCAAAACCACAGGAUGAAACUCGUCGAAGUUGAAGGGACACACACCGUCCAACAAAUGUAUUCUUCUCUCGACAUUCAUUGCGGUCAAUCCUAUUCUGUCCUGAUCACGGCUGACCAACCGGGCCAAGACUACUUCAUUGUUGUCUCCUCUCGGUUUAGCGCCCCAAUCCUAACCACCACUGGAGUUCUCCAUUACACCAACUCUGCUGGCAAAGUCUCUGGCCCAAUCCCUGGUGGCCCAACCAUCCAAGUUGACUGGUCCCUCAACCAGGCCCGGUCCAUUAGGAGUAACCUUACAGCUAGUGGGCCAAGGCCCAACCCGCAAGGCUCAUACCAUUAUGGUAUGAUCAACACUAGCCGAACCAUCAUCAUCCAAAGCUCGGCUGGAAGAGUUGAUGGCAAGCAAAGAUAUGGGCUCAAUGGUGUCUCGUUUAAGCCCGCUGAUACUCCCUUAAAGUUGGCUGAUUAUUUCAACAUUGGAGGCUUUCGAGUUGGAAGCAUUUCUGAUCGGCCCCAAGGACGGAGGUUGCAUCUUGAUACCGCUGUAAUGGGGGCCGAUUAUAGAACUUUCAUCGAAAUCGUCUUCCAAAACCCUGAAGAUAUUGUCCAGAGCUAUCACAUUGAUGGCUACCAAUUCUUUGUUGUUGGAAUGGAUGGAGGCGUAUGGAGCGAGGGUAGUCGGAAAGGUUACAAUCUUCACGAUGGUGUUGCGCGUAGCACCAUUCAAGUGUAUCCAAAAUCGUGGUCGGCUCUUUACGUGCCACUAGAUAAUGUGGGUAUGUGGAACGUAAGGACCGAGUUUUGGGCCCGACAAUACCUAGGCCAACAGUUUUAUUUACGUGUUUACACCAACUCGGGGUCAAUUAGAGACGAAUUUCCCAUACCGAAAAAUGCUCGUCUUUGUGGAAGAGCUGCCGGUCGCCACACACGACCGCUCUAAUCUGCCAAGAAUAGCUGUAUAAUGAGGACAAGUUUAGAUCUGAUAAGCUACGUAACUUAUAGUUGUGGUGCUACAUAAGCACUCUAUCGGAUUAUAUCACUACUACAAAUGUUAAUGACCUUAAUCUCGAGGUCACAUUGUUUUUAUUUUAUGUUUUUUUUCCACUUAUAUUAGUUUUUAUUUUAUUUUAUUUUUUUAUAAGUUUUUGUUGGAAUUAAGAAAUUCGGUGUGAUUGUAAUAAGCCACUUGUUUGUUAGAAAUAUCCUUUUUUUUAUUAGAUUGUUUUCCAUUAGUAUUCAUGAAAAUUAUGUAAAGGGUUAUUUCACUA